CCUUUCUCCUCCCUCAAUUCGGAGGACAAACCCUCCGCCUGUCCACUUCCCUCCUCAGAUGCUGCCUGACCCGCUGAGAUCCUCCAGCACUUUGUCUUUUGCUCGGGACACCAGCAUCUGCAGUUCCCAGCAAUGACACGAGAGCAAGAGCUGUGGUUCUCCAGUAAUACCUUCUCUCUGUCCCACCUGAAGGAGUAAAUAAGUGGGAGGAGAUCGCUGUCGGGAGUUGCAGCAGCACAACCAAAGCGGGGCCACAUCGAGCGGAGCUUGGGUCUUUUAGUUUGAGCACAACAAGAGUACUAUACGCCGGCUUGUGGAGAAGAAGAAGCAGACAAUUUUACUCGAAGAGUCCAAGUCUGAGCUAUAGGAUCUUUGGUCUGUGCCUCUCCGAGGAGGUGCCCACAGCCUUUCUCCCUCCCCCCAGUCAUGGGGUGGGCCGAGCUGGCGUGCCGGCUCCUGGUCGCCGCUCUCCUGCUGUACUGGGACCCGCUCCACCUGGCUCUGCUGGCCCUUUGCUGGGCCGUGGCGAGACCGGGCGCCUUUGACCAGCGGGACGGCGGCGAUGCUGGAAGCGAGUCCAGCGCGGAGGCAGCAGAGGCGGCAGCGGCCGGGACGGAAGAAAGCCAAGCUAAGAGUGCAGAGGAUGUGAUUGAUGGAACAGUUGCGGCCUCACCCCUUCACCAGGCAUUAAGGAAAGUGUUUGACUGCAGUUACUCCCAGUUCAUCUUGCUGUGGUACGACCCUCCUGAGGAUAAGGCCGACCAGCCACUCUACCAGGUUCUACUGCGUGAGUUUAACACUGCCGUGGAUUAUGCAUUGGGCAAAAUCAGGGAUCUGAACUUCACCAGAAUAGAAAUUGGAUUGAUUCAAAUCCUCACUAUCCACUUACGAAAUGUCAAGAAGAAAAGUAAGAGGGAGAAGGUUUUCCAGGAUCGACAAGGCGAGGUGUAUUUUCUGAGGAGAACUGCCGAUGUCCUGAUACAUAAUCUGCUUCCAGAGACACUGUGGAAACAAGACUGUUACCAGAAUGUGAUGAGGGAAGUAAUUGCACUGAAAGCUUUGGAGGAAACGAUCAACACAGUUUGUGACGCGGACUUCAUCAAUCAGUCAUUGAUCAGGUUUCUGGACCGGGCCUCGCUCGCCCCUGAGGGAAAGGAUUCCAUCCCAGAGGUUCCUGCCAUCACUGAGACAAAUAUUGAACCCAUUCCAGAGCGAAAUCAAGCCAAGGAGACAAAGAAAAAUAAACCGAAGAAAAAAUUCAUUAGUUUGCUGAAAAGAUUAAAAAUCCUCAAGAAAUCCAAAAAGAAGAUGGCGAUUGAAGCAACUGACAUGGAUGAAGUUGAUGGAAAUAUAACCCACCAAUUCAGAUCCAUCAACCAUGCGGACGAUGAUUCUGUGGAAGAUAAUGAUUUUGAUCCCUCCCACGAGAUGUUUGAAUGGCUGAAAACAAGUUUUUUUGAAUCGAAUGAAGACAAGACAUCAUUAAAACAUAGCAAGAUCUCCAUUUCAGAGAUAGCCUGGGAUGAUGAAGAGGAGCCACUCUGUACAAUUGAUGUAGAAAACCCUGAAGAUGCAGAAGAAUGCUGGUCUGUGAAAAGGAAAUACCAUGAAUUUCAGGACCUUCGGAAUGAACUAAUCAAGACCUUCAGCUCACUUGCUGAAUCCCAGCUGCCUUCAGUCAACGGCUUGGCCUCGGGCGAGAUCAGCGAGGAAUUUCGAGAAGACUUUAAGCAUCAAGUGGCUGGGUUUGUAAAGGCGUUGAGCUCUGACGAGUCCAUUUUGUGCUGUGAGACGGUCCUGAACUUCUUAUCGGCCGAUGAUCGGGACUACUGGGGGCUGCUAACGUCGCUGUUUGCUGAGGAGGAUGAGGAAAACGAUGCGGAGAGUGUUACUUCAGGGGGCUCACGUGACCAGGAUGUGGAUGAUGGGGUAGAAACUGUUGAGAGACCCAAAGCAAGUCCAGGAAACGCGGAGAUCCAGGACGCAGCAUCCAACAAGUCACUUCAUUCAACAAACAGUUCUGAAAGCACAGAAUAUGGCCUCUCCUUCAGGUCCAUGGCACACAACCCUGAGGAGGACAAUGCACAACAAAACCAACAUUAGUCACAGAAGGAGACGGACAAGGGUUUCUGGAAGGAUUGCCGAACUACCCGGAGGCAUUGCAGGCCCCCUGCACAAACUCCUGGAAGAAGUAAUGUGUACAGAGCAUGGUUACUUCAAGAUAACGCUUGCAAUGAAACUGGUAAAAUGUGUCCUGGUAAUCGCGAAGAAAUCUCUGAAGAAAUUUGUCGACCGGUUCUUGAGUAAAGAGCAGGUAGCUUCGUACAUAGAUCAACUCAGAGAGGUGUUGUGGCCAAAUGGAAUCCCAGCUUGUCCACCUCCAGAAAGAUCUAAUGAAGAAAAAGCCAUUGCAAAAGAAAAAGCCAUUGAGUUACUGCUGAGCAAAACGCCAGCAUUUUUCCUAAAGUUACUGCAUGGAAAAGAAGUCAUCAACAAUCUAAUGACAGUAUUUCAAGAUGUGGAAACCAACAAGAGAUUAGUAUAUACAGCCCUGGUGUUUCUGCUAUUUGAACUCUUUCCAGAGGUAAAGGGCUCAUGGAAAGAAGAUCCUGGCCUUUGCUUGGAAGACCUCAAUGUUGACCAGUUAAAUGAGGGACCGUUGUGAAGAAGCUCGAGAAUUGCCUGGUUUCACGAAGAGUGGCUUAUGUUAGAAUGCUCUACGUCCACAGAGGGCUAAGGAAAUUCGGCACGGCUCCAGUUAUUCUUGCCAAUUUCUGUAGAUUCACCGUAGAAAGCAUCCUCUCCAGAUGCAUCACAGCUUGGUACGCAAUUACUGUUCACCAAGACUACAGGAAACUACAGAGAGUUAUGGGCCAGCCCCAUUCCAGCACUUACACCAGCCUCCCCUCCCUCCAUGACAUUGACUCCAUCUACAUUUCACACUGCCAGAGGAAAGCAGACAACAUAAUCAAAGCCCACUCACUUCCUAGUCGUUCCCUCUAUUCCCCUCUCCCAUCGGACAGAAGAUGCAAAAGCUCAAUAGGACAUACCACUAGAUUCAAGAAAAACAUCUUCCCCGCUGUUAUAUCCGAAUCUUGAAAGGACGUCGUAUAUACUGGGAAUGAAUUUGUGAUCUUCCAAUCUACCUCAUUGUGCUCUGUUUAUUCUCUUAGUCAUGCCCACUAUACUAUGGAUACAAACAGUUUUUCUUCAUUGUACACAUGACAAUAAUGCUUCAAUACCUGGCAAAAAGGUACUUUGCAGCCAGCAGUGUUUUCCCCUCUGCUUUUAGGUUUCCUGGGCUGAUGCAAAUACAGCUUGAGGGAGCACAGACGUUUACACUUCGUUUCCAUCAUCGGGUCUACUCCAUGAUGUUGCUGCACAUUGAUUAUUGCUUUUAAAGAUGCUCUAUGUUUCAGCAUUGCUCUAUGUUUCAGCAUUGCUGGCUACUGUUGACACCAAAGUAUCUGAAUUUCCACAAGUGCCUUAACGUUGGUGUUUACACAAAGCAUUCCACAGUUAAUGCAAGCCAUUCAACUGAAAUGGGCUUUAAAGCUCUGCCACAGAUAUAGAAAGAACAGUGUGCCUUCAAUUCCUGCUCCCCAUGGAAUUCUUCAAUGGAUCCAAAAUGAACAGAUACAGGACACCCCGACAGUCCACACAGAUAUUCAUCUCCAGUGACCCUUGCUCAAUCCUGGCAUUGAGUGCUGUCAGUGAUGAGUUUUCACGUUCUACCUGUGAUCCCCUUGGCCUCCGCCACAUGUUCAGGUUUCCUUCCAGGUGCCAAUGAUGUGUGGUUUGGUAGGUUAUUCUGUACAUUGACCCUAGUGUUUGGGUGAAUGGUGAAAUUUGGGAACCGCGCCUACAUGGGUCAGGGCAUUGAGUACAGGAGAGAUGCAGAGUGCUGUUUGCAAGGUCCAGCAGGGAGGUUGGGAUGGGAUUGGAUUGACUGAAUCGGAUCGAAUGGCCACUCCUGCACCUAUUGUCUAUUGAAGUGUGUGGGGGAGAUGAUGGUAAACACCAACCAAGUUAUUGUGAGAUGUUGACCUGGAUGGGGAUAAUGGGGCAAUGGGAUUUUGCACACUGGAGCCAAUAACAUUUAGUAGACUAGGGUAGAGUAUGUAUGUCAUGUGUUUGAGGGUUGGGGGGGGGGGGGGGGGGGGAUAAAGCAAUGCAGGUGGAUUCAUACAGAUGUAAGGUCCAUUUGAAGAGGACCACAGGAAGAAGGAGAACAGACUGGUCAACAUCAUUCCAUCCAGGGGAUCUUGGACAAAACACAAAGUACUGGAGUAGCUCAGCGGAUCAGGCAGUAUCUGUGGAAAGAAUAGUCAGCAGGCAUUUUCGGUUGUGCCCCUUCUUCAGACUGAUUGUAAUAGGGGGGAGAAAUCUAGUGAAGAGAGGUAUGGGCAGGACAAAACCUGGCAAGUGAUAGGUGGAUACAGGUAACUGGCUUGGACUGCAGGUGGAUGGAGUAAAUGUUAAAUGUUAGAGAUGAAAAGGAGGCAAAGGGGUCUUGCAUAAGGGGAGACGAGAGGAGUGAAAUGUAAAGCCAGAGGGAUGGAUAUAUCCAAGUGGCUCCAUGUCAACCAUCACCAGUUGUUGAAUACGGACAUUUGUUCUUAAUAAAUUCUCGAUCUUUCACAAAAAAACUACUGGUUACUACUCAAUUUGUUCAAGAAAAAAAAAAUCAAUCUCAGAGAUAUUGAGUUUUUAUGAGACCUUUAAAGUGAAAGGCUUUGAUAGAGUGGAUACUGUGCGAAUGUUCACACUUGCAGAGAAAUUGAAGACAUCUAUCUAUCUAUCUUCUAUUAAUAUAUAAAACUCAAAUCCGUCCGCCUGCAGUACGAAUCCCUUCCUGCCUUUUGAUUCGUUGACGGCUGCUCCUUCCUAUCGGCUUCCAACACACUUCGAAACAAAGUUGUAAGACAGGAACACUGAACUUUUCACUGCUGCAGCAGGCAGGGGAGGUGCCAUUGAGGGAGGCAGGGGAGUGCUGGAAACUUACAUUUGGCAACGGCUUCAGUUCCAUUGGAGGAGACGGGUGCAUGGUGGAAUAUUGGGUUGGGGGAAUCACACCAUUGGGGGAGCAGACCCAACGGGUCUGCACUUGGUCUAGUUAAUAUAUAAAACUCAAAUCCAUCCGUCGUCCGCCUGCAGUACGGAUCCCUUCCUGCCUUUUGAUUCGCUGCUCCUUCCUAUCAGCUUCCAACACACUUCGAAACAAAGUUGCAAGACAGGAACACUGAACUUUUCACUGCUGCAGCAGGCAGGGGAGGUGCAAUUGAGGGAGGCAGGGGAGUGCUAGAAACUUACAUUUGGCAACGGCUUCAGUUCCAUUGGAGGAGACGGGUGCAUGGUGGAAUAUUGGGUUGGGGGAUCACACCAUUGGGGGAGCAGACCCAACGGGUCUGCACUUGGUCUAGUAUAUAUAUAAAAGACGGUUACCAAGAAAUCUUGGUUGGCAUGGGUGAGUUGGGCCAAAGGGCCUGUCUCCAUGGUGUAUGACUCCAUGGCACUCUAUCAAGUGGGAAAUUUAGUAAUAGACAGUUACGAAUUAACUAGUUUUUUGGACUGCCAUCUGUAAACGGGCCAGACCAGGCAAGAUGGCAGAUUAAUUUCUCCAAAGAACUUUUCUACAACAAUCCAGUCAUUUUGUUCCCAAUAGUUUUUUUUUUUAAUUCCUUGUUUUUAAUUGAAUUAUUUGGAUUCACCACAGUGCCAAUGUACUCAUUAGUAUAGAUGCAUUGAAGGGGAGGUUAGACAAGUUUGUGGAGGAGAAGCGACCAGAGAGUUAUGUUGAUAGAUUUCUAUGAGGAAAAGUUGGAGGAGGCUCUUGUUGGACAUGAAUGCUGCAAUAGUCUGUGUUUGUCUUUGGAGUGUGGGAGAAAACCAGGAAACCCACGCGGUCACAGGGAGAAUGUGCUUACUCCACACAGACAGCAUUUGAGGUCAGGAUCAAGGAAGCAACUGUGCCAGCAGAGCAUUAAUGAAAAGAAUACACAAUGCCUUUUGCAAAGCAAUAACUCUGUUCCUCCCCACAAGUGUUGCAGCUCGCAUCACAGCAUGGAUUGGGAACUGCUCCAUCCAACCAAGACUGCAAAAAAUUGCAGAGUUGUCGAUGCAGCCCAGACCAUCACACAAAGCAACCUGCAAGAUGUUUGUGUGUUCUCCCUGUACCGUGUGGAUUUACUCCGAGAUCUUCAGUUUCCUCCCACGCAUCCCAGACGUACAGUUUGAAGGUUAAUUUGCUUGGUAUAAAUGUAAAUUGUCCAUAGUGUGUAGGAUAAUGUGCGGAGACCGGUAUGGACUCGAUGGGCCGAAGGGCCUGUUUCCAUGCUGUAUCUCUAAAAUAAAUGAAACAAACCCUCCUUUUGAUUGACUCUUAUUUACACCUCACUCUGCCUCGCCAAGGCCACCAGCAUAAGCAAGGGCGAGUCACACCCCCCCGGUCACUCCCUCUUCUCUCUCCCAUCAGACAAAUGUACAGAAGUGUGAAAAUGCACACCUCCAUAUUCAGGGACACUUUCUUCCUAGCUGUCAUCUGGUAACUGAACCAUCCUAUCACCAACUAAAGAGCGGUUCUGAGCUACUAUCUACCUCAUUGGAGACCCUCAGACUAUCUUUGAUCGGACUUUAUCUUGCACUAAACGUUAUUCCCUUUAUCAUGUAUGUAUCUGUACACUGUGGACGGCUCGAUUGUAAUUAUGUAUAGUCUUUCUGCUGACUGGUUAGCCCGCAACAAAAUGUUUUCACUGUAACUUGGUACAUGUGACAAUAAACUAAACGCAACUCUUUGUGAGUUCUGCUUUACGCUUUGUACUAGGCUCUUGCUUCCUUCUCCUGACUGCCUUGCUCUCCAUUUUAAGCAACGCCUUUACCAUUUGGGUCUUCAGACUUUAAAAUUCCUUUCCUAAAACUCCCUACAUUUCUCUAUCAUUUAGUCCUAUCUUUUUAAAAUCUUAAGCAUUGGUCCCUUUGCCUUGUUCACGCUUUGUGACACACUUUGGGACAUCUUGCUACUUUUAAGGGCGUUACAUCAGCGCAAACUAUUGCUAUUGUUACGAGUGCAAAUGGCACAUAGAAGAAAGAAUAAAAUAAGACUUAAAGGGCAUUUAAUUACUAAUCUGUGCACAAAACGUGCUUGUUUUGCAUCAGACUGUCAACCCAAAUAAGAAAAAGAAUGGGACUUCAUUUCAGAUUGGUUGUUAUUAGAAUCCAAAUUCAUUUCAAAUUCACACAGACUACUUUGAAGAAACUAAUGAUAAACAUACAUAAAAUGUUUCUAAUCCAUUGGGGGGCGCAGUGGCAAAGCUGGGAGAGCUGCUGCUUCAAUGCACCAGAGACCUGGUUGCAAUCCUGACUAUGGGUGCUGUCUGUGUGGAGUUUGCACGUUCUCUCAGCAGCCGCGUGGGUUUCCACUGGGUGCUCCCACAUCUCGUAGACGUGCGGGUUUUCAGGCUAAUUGACCUCUGUAAAUUCCCCCUAAUGUGUAGGGAGUGGAUGCGAAAGUACGGUGACAUAGAACUAGUGUGAACGGGUGAUCGAUAGUGCGAGCUCGAUGGGCCAAAGAGCCUGUUUCCACGCUAUACCUUUCAAUCAGUCAAAACUGGACAGAAAUGUUAGGGACAAUGUAUUCUUGGCUGUAAAGGGGUGAGCGGAGCACUGCUGACCUAAAUUUACUCCACAUUCACCAUAAGGAUAAGUGGAUCAAUGUCAACCGUGUGAUGUUUUGAUCAAGGCCUUUCAAACUAUCUUGUCUAAAUGUUGGUGAGUCUACCCUCUUCCAAGUUCUCCACCGUAACCCAUUGCUCCAUCUAGUGUCUCAGAUGCAAAGCAUUUGCACCUCAUUCACUAAAUACAAGAAUGUUGAAACUCAUUAGCUAGAAUUUCCACGAAGGGCAUUCAAGACUUUGUCAGUGGUCCAACCCAAAUCUGUGUUUAACAAUCCAUUACUCUUAAGGUAGAGUCAUCAACAUGGAAGCAGGCCCUUUGGCCCAUCUUGGUCAUGCUGGCCAGGAUGUCCCAUCUCAACUUGUCCCACUUGCCCGUGUUUGGUCCAUAUCCCUCUCAGAUUCAGAUUCAGA